CAGUAAUGUCUCGUACUGAAGGUGGAGAGGCGGCGAAGGAGGUGACUUCAUCAGCAUCCACUGGACAAGAGGAUUGCGUCACAACCAACGCAGCUGAAGCCACACAGGAAGCAGCGGUCAAGAAGAAAGGGAAGCUGUUCGUAUGCGACGUCUGCAGCAAGAGCUUCAACCGGCAGUUCCACCUGAUGAAGCACAUGAACACGCACAAGGAGCAGCGGCCGUUCGCCUGCGAGCAGUGCCCCAGAAGAUUCAGGAACACGGCGACGUUGGAGUACCACCUGCUGCGACACGAGGAGAAGAAGCACGCCGCCUUCGGCUGCCAGCUCUGCGAGAAGACCUUCAAAACCAGGAUGCACCUGAAGACCCACCAGCUGGUUCACACGGACACGCGACCGUUCGUCUGCUCGUCCUGCGGGAAAGGCUUCAAAACCAAACACAACCUGCAGGCUCACCAGGUGGUGCACGCGGUGGAGAAGCCGCACAAGUGCUCCGAGUGCGGCGAGGGCUUCAGGUACGCCUUCACGCUGCAGUGCCAUCGAAGCGUCCACACGGGCGAGCAUCCGUACAAAUGCACGGUUUGUGGCAAGGCCUUCGUGAAGAGGCGAUCGCUCAGGACGCACCAGUCGGUCCACAGAGGGAAGAUGUUCACGUGCGAGACGUGCGGGGCGGGUUUCACCCUGCAGCACAACCUGAAGAGACACAUUCGCAUCCACACCGGGGAGAAACCGUUCAAGUGCAAAGUGUGCGGGAAGAGUUUCAUCCAGGACAACAAGCUGAAGGCGCACAUGCUUCUUCACGGAGCGUCGAAGGCGUUCAUGUGUGACCUGUGCGGGAAGACUUUUCUGUACAACUGCCAGCUGAAGAAACACCAGAAGGUCACCCACGAUGAGCGACACGGGCAGGUCGCGAGGAGGCGAACCCGAGAGCGAGGCAACCGCAGAGUCAUCUACCGACGGGACAGAACGACGGUCAACGUGACGCCGUUCAGCUGCAGGACCUGCCACAAGGGCUUCGACACCGCGAGCUCGCUGAAGAGGCACGAGCUGAUCCACACGGGGAGCGUGCGACACAGCUGCGACACGUGCGGCAAGUCUUUCUUCUACAAAGCCACCUACGAUUACCACCUGCGGAUCCACUCGGGGGAAAGGCCGUUCGGUUGCGACGUGUGCGGGAAGCGCUUCAUCAUCCUCCAGGCCCUGAAGUCCCACAAGCUGCAGCACUCUGGAGAGAAACCGCAUAAGUGCGAGCAGUGCGGCAAAGCCUUCAGGAUCUACACAAACUACCAGAGACACCUCCGGAUCCACACGGGAGAGAAGCCCUACGAGUGCGAGGUGUGCGGCGUGAGGUUCAGGCAGCUCGGACACGUCAAGUUUCACAUGCAGGUCCACACGGGGGAGAGACCGUACUCCUGUAGCAGCUGUGGACUCGGGUUUUCAGACUCAAGGCUGCUCAAAAGACACAACUGUAGUGGGAAGUACCAGAAAGUAUUAGCAAACACACUCACAACAUUGGAGCUGGAGGAUCCGGACGACGGCGACCCGGGCUACGCCACCAGGUCCAAACGCGUCGUAAAGCUCAAGUCCCACCGAGUCCGAGCGAAGAAGGACGGUCAGGGUCAGAGGGAGCCGCUGAGCUGCAAAUACUGCAGGAAGACCUUCAGCAAGCUGCUGCAGCUCAAAGCGCACCAGGCCGUCCACGAGGCCAACGCAGAGAAACCCUUCAGCUGCUCCCAGUGCGGUCGAGGCUUUUCCUUCCAGAGAAGCCUCAACGCUCACAUGUUGCUUCACACAGGUGAGAGACCCCACACCUGUGACGUGUGUGGGAAAGGCUUCACCCUGAAGCAGCUGCUGAGGAACCACCAGCGUCUCCAUGCCGACGUGCGGCCGUUUCGCUGCGAGCAGUGCGGCAAGAGCUUCUACCGAGCGCACGGCCUGAAGAUGCACCAGAUGGUCCACACCGGCGAGCGGGCCUACAACUGCCAGUACUGCAACAAAAGCUUCACCAUCCAAGGCAACCUGCAGCGCCACCUGCGCAUCCACACGGGCGAGAAGCCGUUCAGGUGCGAGACGUGCGGCAAAAGCUUCAACCAGGCCGACACUCUCAAAGGCCACCAGCGGAUCCACACCGGCGAGCGGCCCUUCAGCUGCGAGACCUGCGGCAAGUGCUUCAUCCAGAAGAGCGCCCUGAAGAUGCACCAGAAGACGUCCCACCUGGACGACAAGUCUCUGGCCUGCGUGGCGUGCGGCGCCACGGUGGCCUGCGUGGACUCGCUGCGCAAACACAUCCAGACGCACGCGGCCACGAUCCCGUGCACGUGCGUGCUCUGCAGCCGGCGGCUCAACUCCAUCACCGAGCUGCGGUCGCACCAGCAGCACCACACGGUGGACCGACCGCACAGCUGCGGCAUCUGCGGGAAGAGCUUCAAGUCGUCCAGCUACCUGAAGAUCCACCUGAAGACGCACAGCGGCGAGCGGCCGUUCUCCUGCGACAUCUGCGGUCGCAUGUUUACCCAGCACAGCAGCCUUAAGUCACAUCAGGUGGUGCACACGGGAGAGAAGCCGUUCAGCUGCGACACGUGCGGGAAAUGCUUCAGCAACACGGGCAACCUGAACCGACACCAGCGGAUCCACACGGGCGAGAAGCCGUUCAGCUGCGACACGUGCGGACGCAGCUUCAACCAGGGCAACAGCCUGAAGGCCCACCAGCAGAUACACACCGGGGAGAAGCAGUUCAUGUGCGACAAGUGCGGCAAGAGCUUCUCCUACCUGAGGAACCUGAAGGACCACAAGUGUUUCUACGUCUGAAGCCUGCGCUGGAGGCAGAGCAGAUAAAACUUCUCCGAUGAGGACUAAAUGAGUGAGUUUGCAGUGAAAGUGGUCGUUGUGAAGUUGGGACAGCAUCACAGCAUCACCGUUUGUACAAAGAGACUUCUAGUUCUUUGUCUAAAUAUGUUUGUCGACACAGUUUUUCUACAGACGUCACAAAAGUCUGGACACCGGAAGCUCCGCCCUGCAAGUUACCAGGAGGUUUGUGUUUUUGGGUUCACCUGCAGUUUCGAGGUAGAAAAGCUCGACCGUGCCGUUAACUGCCUUUUUUUAAUUAUUAUUAUUAUUAUUGCUCAUGAUGUUUCUUCCAGCAUUUAAAAAAAAAAAAACACCAUAUGACUGUGUUCAGGUGGUAAACUCGGAGGAGAUUUUUGAUUCCGAUCAGUUUUUUUUAACGUUUUCAUCAUCAGAGUGAGACUGAACUGAACGACUGACUCUUCUGUCCCUUUAAAUAUAACCGACUGAACACUUACUCAUUCCUGUGCCAGACUGUAGACGUCAUACGUGUGAACUUUCUUUGUGAAAUGACUGUUCAGUGUGGCUAAAAAAACAGAUUUCAGAGUUCGCAGGCCAGCGUGACUCUAGCUGUCGGAGGUGGCAUCAACGGUUUUAUCAGCAGUGUUCUGUGGGCAGCUGUUAAAUUACAUCCCUCAUCUAAACCGUAAUAUCUAAAACUGUUGUUGUACGUAGCUCUUUCUAGGAUUUUAAACGCCGUGACUGAUAUUUAUAAUGUUGUAACCGACUUGAAGAGUGUUUUACUGUCUUUUGCAGGUGACAAAUACAGACGUAAACGAAACGCUGCUGAGCUCCUCUGUUUGCAGAUUUACAACUUAUUUUAUUUAUCUGUUCUCUUACUGAGAGUUUAUCUGUUAUCUCAGCUUUAUGACUGCGAGUCAAAUUGAUAAACAUUAAAACAUAUGUGCUGUUUCUUA